AUGCCUUCAGCCAAUUCACCUCAGUGGCAAGAGAAGGCUAGUGAUUUCUUUCAAUCCUCGGGGCUGAAGAUUAAAGAAGCAGGACAAACUGCUGGAACUUUUGUGGGGGACAUCGCGAAGGAUACGAAAGAAAAUGUUUCUGAUGUUGCAGGGAAAGUUGGGUCGGCGGUCAAAAGCCGGUGGGAGCUUCUUCAACAGCCGUCUGCUAAACAUGCAAUGCAGGAAAAGCUUAUUUCUGCAGCUGCAACUACCAGCAUGUUCUUGAGGAAGGGAUUUUCAGGGACAAAGGAUAAGGUUGCCAUGGGGAAGACAAAAGUUGAAGAGGUCUCCAAGAAGACUGCACAAAAAAGCAAGACCCUCAUGACUGAUAUUGAGAGAUGGCAAAAAGGGGUUGCAAACACCAAUGUCUUCGAAGUUCCAAUUGAGCUUACUGUACAGCGCCAACAGUCCACCAGGCCUAUUCCUUAUAUACUGGUCAAAUGUGCAGAUUUUCUUGUAUUAUCAGGACUGAACUCACCUGAGUUAUUCAAGGCACAAGGAAACAAAAAGGUUAUUAGGCAGUUAGUUUCCCUGUAUGAUCAAGACUCAAAUGCAUCCCUACCAGAAGCUGUAGACCCUGUUAACAUUGCAGCUCUUAUUAAGUGUUAUAUUGCAAGCCUUCCUGAGCCAUUAACGACCUUUGAACUCUAUAGUGAAAUUAGAAAUGCUCGUUCCAGGAUGCAUGUAAUGAGAAAUACAUUGAAAAGGCUUCCAACAGUUAACUAUAUGACGCUGGAACUAGUUACUGCACUGCUACUUCAUGUUAGCCAGAAGUCUUUUCUUAACAAGAAAGGACAGAAACCAGAGCAUUAUAAACAGUUAUGGGACAAUCCACUAAAGGUUGAUUCUAAUAAAAAUGUUGAUUCUGUCUCGAGCUACACUGACAUGGACAUGCUUAAAGAAGACGAGAAGAGCAUAGUAUAUGCAUCGUCCUCCAUUCCCUUGGACGAUGGAUUGCCACUUGAUUUUGGAGCUAUUGAAGUUAUUCAGUGCUUAAUUGAACAUCACAAUGCGAUUUUCACAGAUGCACAUGAAACUUUCUGGAAAUAG